AUGCGGGAGAACUCUGCUCUGAUUGGCGGAAGUGGAGCUAGACUUGCCCGGGCACUUUUAAGCCAUGGUGAAGCCACAGGGGAGCCACAGAUGGCUGGUGCUAGUCCACGGGUCACAAAUGAAGAUUUAUAUAAUCCAGCUCUAUCUAUACUCGCUCAGAACUUCUAUAUACUUCCAAGGUUAUCAUCAGUUGUUCUCAUUAUUAUUACGCUCAGCCUUAUUUCAAUGUAUGGAGAUUGGCAAAUUCGGGGUUCAGUUCUGCUAUGGACAAAUCAAAGGAAUUUGAUUGGUUUACCUAACUACCUAACUAGAGAAGAAAUAUGGAGCCCCCUAGUCUGUUCAGCCUUGUCUGAUUCUGUCAGCCAUUUACCACGUGAUACAGCAUACCGCCCAUUGAGAGGUCCACGGGUACCAGGUACGUUGGCGUGGGUGCAUGAUGUGCCAACACGCAGCCUCGAGGCAGCCUCGCACGCGGAUUUAUAUUAUUCCGGCUCUGGAUGCCAAGAAAUGUGA